CUGAUUGGUCCUGGGAGUCUGGGCGCGCGCCGACCGGCGCUCCAGGAUUGGCUGAGGGGGUGCGCGCGCCGCCAGGGAGCGUUGGCGGUGAUUGGCCAGAGGGCGGAGGCCGGCUAUUUGAAGGCGGUCCGCGGUUUAGGUGCGCACUUCAGUCCGCGGAGAGAAGAGGCGGGAGUGGACCUGGUCUGCCGUACCCCACUGACGCCCCCCACUCACCGGACCCAGGCGCGGCCUCCGCCACAGCCACAGCCACAGCCCCUGCCCCUGCCCCUGCUGCGGCGCGGCGAGGCGAGGCGAGGCGAGGCGAUGGCCAAGGUGUCGGUGCUGAACGUGGCGGUCCUGGAGAACCCGAGCCCUUUCCACAGCCCCUUCCGGUUCGAGAUCAGCUUCGAGUGCAGUGAAGCCCUGGCAGACGACCUGGAGUGGAAGAUCAUUUAUGUUGGCUCGGCUGAGAGUGAGGAGUUUGAUCAGAUCCUAGACUCGGUGCUGGUGGGCCCUGUACCAGCAGGGAGACACAUGUUUGUCUUUCAGGCUGAUGCCCCCAACCCAUCCCUCAUCCCAGAGACUGAUGCCGUGGGUGUGACCGUAGUCCUCAUCACCUGUACCUACCACGGACAGGAGUUCAUCCGAGUAGGCUACUAUGUCAACAACGAGUACCUCAACCCCGAGCUGCGUGAGAACCCACCCAUGAAGCCAGAUUUCUCCCAGCUCCAGCGGAACAUCUUGGCCUCGAACCCCCGGGUGACCCGCUUCCACAUCAACUGGGACAACAACACGGACAGGCUGGAGGCCAUAGAGACCCAGGACCCCUCCCUGGGCUGCAGCCUCCCACUCAACUGCACUCCUAUCAAGGGCCUGGGCCUCCCUGGCUGCAUCCCUGGCCUCCUCCCUGAGAACUCCAUGGACUGCAUCUAACUGCAGGAACCCAGUGUCCCAGCACACCAGGAGGGGCAACCAGGCCUCCCAGCAAGUCCUGCAGGGCCCAUCUAGAGGACUUUGGGGGCCGUCAGCUGCAUCCAGGUCUGUCAAACUCAGCCCCUAGGAAAGAACAGGCCUCGGGACUCCUCUAGUCCUGGCCAGAAGGAUGAUCUCGCUUUUCCUGUACAGGCCUAUAAGAAGCAGGUACUUCAGUUCUAAAUUCUUUCUGACUUGUGUUCUUUUCGUCUUCAUAAAUUCUACCUAAGGCCAUUGUGCCACUGUGCACCCCUGAGUACCACUGACCCAAAGCUUUCCGACAGACCUCCCUGGCCUGCCUAGAGGCUUUCUUGGUCAGUGCCCGUCAAGGCUCUGGUCCUGCUGAGCCAAAGGUUCUGUCAUUCCUUUCUCUUCCCGUACACUGAGCAGAUCCACUCCAGCUUUCUGGUGUCACAGGCAGGAAUCUUGGUUAGGUAGACUUAGAUCCCAUUUCUGUCCUGCUCCCAGGAAGAUUCUUAGGUCCUCUUCAAUCCAGCAGCCCCUGGAAAACUCUGCUCCCAGAGGUGUGAUCAGCAGGAUGCUGAGGAACCAUGUUGCCUUUCCUGUCAAUCACAGCCACCUUCCUGUUAUCUCCUAAAUGGAUCUGGCUUUUUCUGGUUGGAAGAUGGUGUCAGAGGGCCUGCCUGCGCAGUCUGUCUCUGGGUCGGGGUCAGGGACCCUCUGCUUCUGGCAGCCUUAAUCUUCUCUCGGCUAGGACCAGGGUGAUUUCAAGCCAGGGAAGCAACUGGGACCCUGAAAACCGUCCCUCCCCAGCCUGCUCUCCCUCUCUGUGCCCUGGUCCCCUUGCUGCCAUGUGGAUGCUGUUGUGAUUGCUGUUUGUAUAUUAUUAAAAUGUUUUUAUAUUAAAAAUGUUUGGUUGGUCUGAAAAUUAAAAGCACUUCGUUUAGAAUGA